AUGGCGGCCAUCUUGGAUUUCGGAGAGACACGAAAAAUAACAACACUUGGUCAGGACCAUCUCAGGAUCAUUUCAGAUUUGUCACUGAACGAGGUGUCCAACGUUUCCCUGGGGGCCUGCACUCCCAGUCAGACCAAGGACUCCCUGGGGGCCUGCACUCCCAGCCAGACCAAGUACUCCCUGGGGGCCUGCACUCCCUGCCAGACCAAGUACUUCCUGGGGGCCUGCACUCCCAGCCAGAUCAAGUGCUCCCUGGGGGCCUUCACUCCCAGCCAGACCAAGUCCUCCCGGGGGGCCUGCACGCCCAGCCAGACCAAGUACUCCCUGGGGGCCUGCACCCCCAGUCAGACCAAGUACUCCCUGGGGGCCUGCACGCCCAGCCAGACCAAGUACUCCCUGGGGGCCUGCACCCCCAGUCAGACCAAGUACUCCCUGGGGGCCUGCACGCCCAGCCAGACCAAGUACUCCCUGGGGGCCUGCACCCCCAGUCAGACCAAGUACUCCCUGGGGGCCUGCACUCCCAACCAGACCAAGUACUCCCUGGGGGCCUGCACUCCCUGUCAGACCAAGUACUUCCUGGGGGCCUGCACUCCCAGCCAGAUCAAGUGCUCCCUGGGGGCCUUCACUCCCAGCCAGACCAAGUACUCCCUGGGGGCCUGCACCCCCAGUCAGACCAAGUACUCCCUGGGGGCCUGCACUCCCAGACAGACCAAGUACUCCCUGGGGGCCUGCACUCCCAACCAGACCAAGUACUCCCUGGGGGCCUGCACUCCCAACCAGACCAAGUACUCCCUGGGGGCCUGCACUCCCUGCCAGACCAAGUACUCCCUGGGGGCCUGCACUCCCAACCAGACCAAGUACUCCCUGGGGGCCUGCACUCCCAGACAGACCAAGUACUCCCUGGGGGCCUGCACUCCCAACCAUACCAAGUACUCCCUGGGGGCCUGCACUCCCUGUCAGACCAAGUACUUCCUGGGGGCCUGCACUCCCAGCCAGAUCAAGUGCUCCCUGGGGGCCUUCACUCCCAGCCAGACCAAGUACUCCCUGGGGGCCUGCACGCCCAGCCAGACCAAGUACUCCCUGGGGGCCUGCACCCCCAGCCAGACCAAGUACUCCCUGGGGGCCUGCCCUCCCAGCCAGACCAAGUACUCCCUGGGGGCCUGCACCCCCAGCCAGACCAAGUACUCCCUGGGGGCCUGCCCUCCCAGCCAGACCAAGUACUCCCUGGGGCCCUGCACUCCCAGCCAGACCAAGUACUCCCUGGCGGCCUGCACUCCCAGCCAGACCAAGUACUCCCUGGCGGCCUGCACUCCCAGCCAGACCAAGUACUCCCUGGGGCCUGCACUCCCAGUCAGACCAAGGACUCCCUGGGGGCCUGCACUCCCAGUCAGACCAAGUACUCCCUGGGGGCCUGCACGCCCAGCCAGACCAAGUACUCCCUGGGGGCCUGCACCCCCAGUCAGACCAAGUACUCCCUGGGGGCCUGCACUCCCAGACAGACCAAGUACUCCCUGGGGGCCUGCACUCCCAGACAGACCAAGUACUCCCUGGGGGCCUGCACUCCCAGCCAGACCAAGUACUAAUCAACUUGGGAGGGAAUUUAGUAUUACCUUCGGCGUUGAAUGCCAGCCCAAUGAUUGUUCACCCAAAAAGGCCAAGUACCCAUUUGGAGGCCAGGAAUUAAUUUGGAAAGUUGAAGGUCUUAACUUAAGGCCAUGUAUCCGUCUUGAAAAAUUCAAUAAGUCUGAAGCCUGUCGGAGGUAUUACUACCAGGGGUAA